AUUUUUUUUAAAUACCCUUAAUAUUCAAUUUAAUUUAAUUUGAUCAUCUAAUUUGAUCAUCGGAUGCAGAGGAGAAGCUUCCAUAACUGAAGAGAGUGUAGCGAACGAGUGAGAAACGUUCCUCGACAUGGCUAUUAGAACCUUCAUAGAGGUGGAGCCUCCAAGUCCACUCAGAUACCUAAUCGGCGCCGCCGUAAUGAUGAUCGGAGUAGUUUUACCGGUCGGUUACAUGAUGUUCCGUAACAAACGCGUUCCUUCCUCUUCCUCCUACACCAAACAGACGUAGGAACAAGGUUUUGAUAUAGAGAGAUGGUGGUGAUAGUUAUGAGGUGAGAAGACUUUGAUUUAGUAGAUUUAGGUUUCUCAUUGGCUUUGUUUGGAGGAAAUGCUUGAUUAGGUUAGAGCUUUGAUAGAUCUACCAUUUGUUCAUUUGUAAAAAUGCAUUGACAUUCUAAAUCUCCUAAGUGGUUGUUCACCUGAUUCUGAACUCUGUAUACUUGCCACUGUCUUUACAUUUUUUACUUAUAGAGUUCAAUGUUGUGUACUUUGCUCCUUUUACUGGUAUAAGAAUUUUCAAUAUACACAUGCCAUUUUUUUGUGUU